AGUGACAAAGGCAACAUCUGACAGGCCAACCUCUUUCCUUGCUUGCAAGAAGAAAGGAAGAUGUCUUUCGUCCCAGUGGAGGAAAAGUCCCACUUUCCCCUCCAGAACCUGCCCUAUGGGGUCUUCUCCACCAAAGAGGAGCCCAGGCACAGAAUUGGAGUAGCCAUUGGUGACCAAGUGCUGGAUCUCAGCGCUAUUAAGCAUCUGUUUAAUGGACCUGUCCUUUCUAAGCACCACCAGGUCUUUGAGCAGCCAACCCUUAACCAAUUCAUGGCACUAGGCUGGGAAGCAUGGAAGGAAGCUAGGGCCUGUCUCCAAAAGAUGCUCUCUGCCAAUGAGCCAACGCUGAGAGAUAAUGCAGAGCUACGCAAAAGAGCAUUCGUACCCCAGGCUUCUGCUAUAAUGCAUCUUCCAGCUGAAAUUGGAGAUUACACUGAUUUCUAUUCCUCCCGGCAACACGCGACAAACGUUGGAGUGAUGUUCAGAGGAAAGGAGAAUGCUUUGAUGCCCAAUUGGUUGCACUUACCAGUUGGAUAUCAUGGACGUGCCUCUUCUGUUGUUGUCUCUGGGACACCAAUUUGGAGGCCAAUGGGACAAAUGAGACCUGAUGAUGCUAAACCUCCAGUGUUUGGUGCUUGCAAACUUUUGGAUAUUGAGUUAGAAAUGGCAUUCUUUGUAGGUCCUGGAAACAAACCUGGAGAACCUAUCUCAAUCAGUGAAGCUCACAAACAUAUCUUCGGGAUGGUCCUCAUGAAUGACUGGAGUGCUCGCGAUAUUCAGAAGUGGGAAUACGUCCCCUUGGGUCCCUUUCUGGGGAAGAGUUUUGGCACAACUAUCUCUCCGUGGGUGGUAACCAUGGAAGCUCUGAUGCCUUUUGUCUUGCCAAAUCCCAUCCAGGAUCCCAAGCCUCUGCCCUACCUCUGCGAUGAUCAGCCUUAUACAUUUGACAUAAAUCUCUUCGUUGCUAUUAAAGGAGAUGGAAUGAGCAAACCAGCUAACAUUUGCAGUUCAAACUUUAAGUACAUGUAUUGGACCAUGAAGCAACAGCUCGUUCACCAUACAAUCAAUGGCUGCAACCUCAGACCGGGAGACCUUCUGGCAUCUGGAACCAUCAGUGGACCAGACCCUGAGAACUUUGGUUCCAUGCUGGAAUUGUCGUGGAAAGGAACAAAAGCAAUUGACCUGGGGAAUGGCCAGUCCCGUAAAUUUCUACAAGAUGGAGAUGAAGUCAUUAUAACAGGUUAUUGCCAAGGAAAAGGUUACUGCAUUGGAUUUGGUGAAUGUUCUGGAAAAGUGCUCCCAGCCAGACUUAUCUAAAGUUCUUUAGAUGGCAUCCUAAUGGGAAAAAGGAGGAAGGAGGAUUCCAGCUUAUGUUGUUUUUGUGGCGGCAUGAAGAAGCAGAAAUCACAAUGCUGGGUAGAUAUUUUCUGUAUUAAGUUCCUAAAAUUCUAUGGGUUUAUCAGGAACCCAGCAUUCUAGGGCCUAUGCCCUACAUCUUAACAAUAUGUAUUAACAAUACAUAUAAGGCACUAAUAUGUCUUAACAGUGCACAUUUCAAUAGUGAAUCUAGUUCUCAAUGUUAGGUUGCAUUAACUGAAGCUAGAACCUAUUAAAGAAGCUCCAUCUGGAUCCUGAAAGCUCUUUCAACUGUGUCAUAGGGUGCAUCCACACUGCAGAAUUAAAGCACUUUGACACCACUAUAACUGCCAUGACUCUGUCCUACAGAAUAAUGGGAUUUAUAGUUUGGUGAGCUAUUCAGCCUGUCCUGUCAGAGAAUUCUCAUGUCUCACCAAACUGCAAAGCCCAGGAUUCUGUAAGACAGAGUCAUAGCAGUUAAAGUGGUGUCAAACUGCCUUAAUUCUGCAAUGUGGAUACUGCCAUAGAUUAUCAGAUACAUAAUAGUUUUCUUGGUAUCUAGAAGUCUGCAGGAAAUGAUCAUGUUUCUGAAAAAUGUCCUGAAUGCCUCUUCUAAGUAAUAACAGUGUUCACACUUAUUUUCUGCCACAGCCAGUGCAACCGAUAUAAGUCUAGUCUCCAAAAGCUUAUGUCACAAUAAAUCUGUUCAUUUUUAAUGUG